GCUCCGGCCUGGCCUCUGCACACCGCCGCCCCGGGCUGGGGGAAGGCGGCAGGCAGCCGGGUGUAACCGGAGCCGGGCCGGCCGGGCAGGUCGGGGCGGGCGCGCUCUGAGUCAUCAAGGGCCUCGAGGUGGAGCCGGGCGCGCCCGUGCGCCAGCCCCCAGGGAGCCGCCUCCCUGCCACCGCCUCUUCCCCUUUUGUCGCGGCCCCCCGCGCUCGCGGGCCACUCUCCGGUCGCCGCCCGUGCCCCGCACGCUGCCACCUUUCGCGUCCGCUGCCACCGUCGACAAUGCUGCGCUGCGGCCUGGCCUGCGAGCGCUGCAGGUGGAUCCUGCCCCUGCUGCUGCUCAGUGCUAUCGCCUUCGACAUCAUUGCGCUGGCCGGCCGCGGCUGGCUGCAGUCGGAAGACCACAUCCAGACGUCCUCUCUCUGGUGGAAAUGCUCCAGCGAGGGCGGCGGCAGCGGCUCGGCGGAGGAAGGAUGCCAGAGCCUCAUGGAGUACGCAUGGGGAAGGGCAGCGGCUGCCACACUCUUCUGUGGCUUCAUCAUCUUGGUUAUCUGCUUCAUCCUCUCCUUCUUUGCCCUCUGCGGACCCCAGAUGCUGGUCUUCCUCCGCGUGAUUGGAGGCCUCCUCGCCCUGGCUGCCGUGUUCCAGAUCAUCUCGCUGGUCAUUUACCCUGUGAAGUACACCCAGACCUUCAACCUUCAUCUCAACCCUGCUGUCAAUUACUAUUAUAACUGGGCCUACGGCUUUGGGUGGGCAGCCACGAUUAUCCUGAUCGGUUGUGCCUUUUUCUUCUGCUGUCUGCCCAACUAUGAGGAUGACUUGUUGGGUAACGCCAAGCCCCGGUACUUCUACACCUCUGCCUAAAGCAGGGAAGCAGGGGGAUGACAUCGCUGCCUCGGAGAUCCAGAAAUCCGAGAUCCAUUCCAGAAGGAGAAACUGUCUCCCCAGGCUCCUCCGAACCUGUUCUCCAGCAGUGUGUACAUUAU